GGCCUGGGGCUCUAGGGCUCAGGGCCUGGGGCCUGGGGCCUGGGGCUCAGGGCCUAGGCCUGUGGCUCAGUGGCCUGGUGGCCUGGGGCUCAGUGGCCUAGGGCCUGGUGGCCUAGGGCUCAGUGGCCUGUGGCCUGGGGCCUGGGGCUCAGGGCUCAGGGCUCUAGGGUCUGGGGCUCAGGGUCUAGGGCCUGGGGGCCUGUGGCCUGUGGCCUCAGUGGCCUGGUGGCUCAGGGCCUGUGGCCCAGGGCCUCAGGGCCUAGGGCCUCAGGGCUCAGGGCUCAGUGGCCUGGGGCCUAGGGCUCAGGGCCUCAGGGCUCAGGGCCCAGUGGCCCAGGGCCCAGGGCCUAGGGCCUGUGGCCUGGGCCUAGGCCUAGGGCUCAGGCCUAGGGCUCAGGGCCUAGGGCCUAGGGCUCAGGGCUCAGGGCCUAGUGGCUCAGGGCUCAGGGCCUGUGGCUCAGGGUCGAGGGCUCAGGGGCUCAGUGGCUCAGGGCCUGUGGCCUGUGGCCUAGGGCCCAGGGCCUGUGGCCUAGGGCCUAGGGCCUGGGGCUCAGGGCUCAGGGCCUGGGGCUCAGGGCCUGGUGGCCUCAGUGGCCCAGGCCUAGGCUCAGGGCCCAGGGCCUGGGCCCAGGGCCCAGGGCCCAGGGCCUGUGGCCUGUGGCCCAGGGCCCAGGGCCUGUGGCCCAGGGCCUGUGGCCCAGGGCCUAGGGCCCAGGGCCCAGGGCUCAGGGCCCAGGGCCCAGGGCCUGUGGCCCAGGGCCCAGGGCCCAGGGCCCAGGGCCCAGUGGCCCAGUGGCCCAGGGCUCAGGGCUCAGGCCUAGGCCCAGGGCCUAGUGGCCCAGGGCCCAGGGCCCAGGGCCCAGGGCCUGGGCCCAGGGCCUCAGGGCCCAGGGCCCAGGGCCCAGGGCCCAGGGCCCAGGGCCUGUGGCCCAGGGCCUGGGCCCAGGGCCCAGGGCCCAGGGCCCAGGCCCAGUGGCCCAGUGGCCUGUGGCCCAGGGCCCAGGGCCCAGGGCCUGUGGCCCAGGGCCCAGGGCUCAGGGCCCAGGGCCCAGUGGCCCAGGGCCCAGGGCCUGGGCCUAGGGCUCAGGGCCUGUGGCCUAGGCCCAGGGCCCAGGGCCUGUGGCCCAGGGCCCAGGGCCCAGGGCCCAGGGCCCAGGGCCCAGGGCCUGUGGCCCAGGGCCCAGUGGCCCAGGGCCCAGGGCCUAGGCCUGGGCCCAGGGCCCAGUGGCCCAGGCCCAGGGCCCAGGGCCCAGGGCCCAGGGCCCAGGGCCUGGGCCCAGGGCUCAGUGGCCCAGGGCCCAGGGCUCAGGGCCCAGGCCUAGGGCCCAGGGCCCAGGGCCCAGGGCCCAGGGCCUGUGGCCCAGGGCCCAGGGCCCAGGGCCUCAGGGCCCAGGGCCCAGGGCCUGUGGCCCAGGGCCCAGGCCUAGGCCCAGGGCCCAGUGGCCUGUGGCCCAGGGCCCAGGGCCCAGGGCCCAGGGCCUGUGGCCCAGGGCCCAGGCCCAGGGCCCAGGGCCUGUGGCCCAGGGCCCAGGGCCCAGGGCCCAGGGCCCAGGGCUCAGGCCCAGGGCCCAGGGCCUGGGCCCAGGGCCUGUGGCCUAGGGCCCAGGGCCUGGGCCUGGGCCCAGGGCCUAGGCCCAGGGCCCAGGGCCUGUGGCCCAGGGCUCAGGGCUCAGGGCCUGUGGCCCAGGGCCCAGGGCCCAGGGCCCAGUGGCCCAGGGCCCAGGGCCUGUGGCCCAGGGCCCAGGGCCCAGGGCCCAGGGCCCAGGGCCUGGUGGCCCAGGGCCCAGUGGCCCAGGGCCUAGGGCCUCAGGGCCUAGGGCCCAGGGCCCAGUGGCCCAGGGCUCAGGGCCCAGUGGCCCAGGGCCCAGGGCCUGUGGCCCAGGGCCCAGGGCCCAGGGCCUCAGGGCCUGGCUCAGUGGCCCAGGGCUCAGGGCCCAGUGGCCCAGGGCCUAGGGCCCAGGGCCUGUGGCCCAGGGCCUGGUGGCCCAGGGCCCAGGGCCUAGUGGCCCAGGGCCUGUGGCCUAGGGCUCAGUGGCUCAGGGCCCAGGGCUCAGUGGCCCAGGGCUCAGGGCCUAGGCCUGUGGCCCAGGGCUCAGGGCCUAGGGCUCAGGGCCCAGGGCUCAGGGCCUGUGGCCCAGGGCCCAGGGCCCAGGGCUCAGGGCCUAGGGCCCAGGGCCUGUGGCCUGUGGCUCAGGGCCUAGUGGCCCAGGCUCAGGGCUCAGGGCCCAGGGCUCAGUGGCCUAGGGCCUGUGGCCUAGGGCCCAGGGCUCAGUGGCCUGUGGCCUCAGGGCCUAGGGCCCAGGGCCUGUGGCCUCAGUGGCCCAGGGCUCAGGGCCUAGGGCUCAGGGCUCAGGGCCCAGGCUCAGGGCUCAGUGGCCCAGGGCCCAGGGCUCAGUGGCCUAGGGCUCAGGCUCAGGGCCUGUGGCCUAGGCCUAGGCUCAGUGGCUCAGGGCUCAGGCCUGUGGCCUGUGGCCUAGGGCUCAGUGGCCCAGGGCCCAGGGCUCAGGGCCUGUGGCUCAGUGGCCUAGGGCUCAGGGCUCAGGGCUCAGGGCUCAGGGCCCAGGGCUCAGUGGCCUGUGGCCCAGGGCCUAGGGCCCAGGGCCUAGGGCCUGGUGGCCUAGGGCUCAGGGCCUGGGGCUCAGGCUCAGGGCCUAGUGGCCUAGGGCCCAGGGCUCAGGGCUCAGGGCCCAGGGCUCAGGCUCAGUGGCCUGGUGGCCUAGGCUCAGUGGCCCAGGGCUCAGUGGCUCAGGGCCUAGGCCUAGGCUCAGUGGCUCAGUGGCUCAGGGCUCAGUGGCCUCAGGGCUCAGGGCCUGGGCCCAGGGCUCAGUGGCUCAGGGCUCAGGGCUCAGUGGCCUGUGGCCCAGGGCCUAGGGCCUCAGGGCCUAGGGCCUCA